GAAGUGGUCCAAGUGGAGAAAUGGAUUUCUAUAUAUCUAUACAUCACUUCAUCUGUUGCUAGAUAGAGAUCGAUGUAAGCUUGUGAGAAAUAAUGGUUUUACUUUUGUCCUUUCGCAAUUCUACAAUUUGUAUAUCCCAAUCAAAGUUCUAAAAAUCCUAGCUGCUCCACAAGAGGCUCAAGACUUUGAAUUUUCUUCCCCAGAUUUCCUUGAGCCAUCAGUACAAGAAAACAUGAAUCUUCGAGCUGGCAGCCCCAUGACCAAAUUGUAACACACCAUCAGACCCAGUUUUGUUUUCUUUUGGUCUUAUCAUGAUCAUAUACAUAUGGUUCCUCUCAGCUCUAUAUAAAAGGCCAUAACCAAGUGUCUUUCUGUGCAAAACAAAUCAAUAAUUAAGAAGAUUACUCACUACAGAAGUAGCAGGUAUGGCCAGAUUUCAAGUUGGUGUUGCGUUCAUGGUUUUACUAAUAUCCAUGGCGAUGACCACUCCUUAUGUCACUAAAGCAACCAUAACUUGCGGUGAGGUGACGACCUUACUCACUCCCUGCAUUCCAUUUGGAGUGUUGGGAGGGAUCGUGCUGCCGGAUUGUUGUGCCGGGAUCAAGGGGCUCAAUGCUGCACAAAAUACGACAGAGGAUCGAAGAACGGCUUGUACUUGCAUUCAAGAAGGAGCAGCUAGGAUUCCUGGGAUUGAUUAUGAUCGUAUAAACAUGCUGGGCGAUCUUUGUGGUUCUCCUUGUCCCUACAAAGUUUAUCCAUCUACUGAUUGCUCUCAGGUAAGCUGAAUCUGUUGAAGGCACUAUCCCAACGAGACUAGGAGAAUAUGAAUAAAGCUUCCAGGAAGGCUUCGUGACAUCUAAGAAGUGGAUUUGUAGCUCAGUGCUUUUGUGGUAUUUUGGGGGAUCAUCAUUGUUACGUUUAAUACAUAUUUUGAAUAAAACCCCUAUUGUACUAGUACUUAGAAUGGUUGAUUCUAUGUGCAAACUCUACAAACUGGAACCAGUAGCAUGAAUAAGAUAACUAAAUCAGAACAACUAUUACCCACAAUGAAGUUUUACCAUAGAGACAGAAAAAUAUAAAACUUACUGAUUCCAUCAUGAUGUAGUAUUAGGAUGUUAAAAUAUAUUAACACAGGUACAUAAUUUGAUCAACAAUUUUGA